AUGAUCAGCGGCGGCGACGGCAGCUCCCACUGCCCUACGUGUAGCUGUUGGAAGAAGAAAGCUCGGAAGAAUGACAGGUUCAGCGAACUUCCCGACCAUCUCCUCCGUCGCAUUCUCUCCUUCAUCGACUCGAAACUCGCCGUCCAAACUUGCGCCCUCUCCCCGCGGUGGAGAUCCGUCUGGAAAGGCGUCCCUGUCCUCAAUUUAGACACCAAAUCCUUCAACAACAGCAACGAACUCCACCAAUUCGUCUCCGGAAUCAUCUCAAGCCGCCACGACUCCGCCCCGAUCCACGAGAUCAGCGUGGAAAUCGGCCGCCAAAUCGAUUACGACGACGUUAAAUAUAAUGAGAUUGGUGGCGAGCUCUUUGCUUACGCGACCUCCCACGGGAUUCGACGCCUUCACGCCGUCGAUCCGUGGACGGGAUUCCUUUGCCGUGCUGAUUUCAGCAUGGUCGCCACUCUGCAUCUGGAAGGCACCAGGUUGGAUUGCCCCGGCGGCCGCAGGAUCGAACCGUUCGCCGGCUUCCCAAACCUGAGGGAUCUAACCCUCAACGGUUGCGACUGGUUGGAUGAUGAUGGCAUCAGGGGUCCGAACGAGGACCCUCACUUGACAAUCUCCGGGAAACGAUUGCGGAAUCUCAGGAUUCAAGAUACCUUCGCGUCUAAGCUCGAAAUAUUCGCACCGAAUCUCGAGUCCUUCAUCGCUUGCCAAAAUUGUUGGAGCCCGAAGUUUGGCGAGUUUGAUCUUCCUUCCCUCGAUCGCGCUUACGUUGGAUUCGAGGCUGAUGACAUGUUUUCUGAUGUCUUUGCGAAGCGGUUAGUGAAGUUGUUCCGACGGCUGCACCGUGCAAAAACUCUUGCACUGCAUUCGGAUACCGUCGAGGUUGUUGGGGAUUAG